CCCAGCUCCAGCAUCACAGCAAGAACACCUGCUCUCUAGCCUUUCCUCUAAUUUGCUAGUAUCUUUCUUGACCAUGCAAAUUUGAGUGAAGAACUAACUGAAGAGCCUUGUGAGUUCUUGCCUUACACAGGAGGCUUUGAGUGAACUAGAGGUUGAGGAGAUAUGGGCAAGCAUGUAAGGCAAUGUGAUAUGAAGGUCAUGAAAAUGGCCAUGCUCAAGCAUGAAGAAAUCUUCAGGCAACAGGUUCACGAGCUGCAUCGCCUGUACCGCAUCCAGACGCAGCUCAUGGCCGGCGACCUUAGCACGCGCCGGCAGCCUCGGCGGCCCGGCAACAAGCAGCCACGCCGUAUCCUGAACCUGCAGCUCCCUCCCGACCAGUACCUUGUCGGCGCCGAGGACGAGGACGACGAGGAGCUGGAGCUGACGCUCGCCGUCGGAGGGAGCACCGGCAAGGCACCCAAGAAACGAGGAGAUGCCAAGUACAGUGCCGGCGGCGGCUUCGCGUCAGACUGCUCCGGCGGCACGAGCCUCUCGUCGUCGUCUCCAACGUCACCCGCUGAGUACUCCUGGGGUGCCGCCGGUGUCGCGCUCCAUGGCUACGCGCCACUGCGGCGGCCGUGCCAGAGAACUAUGGCGUUCGACCUCGGCAUGGCGGAGGCGAUGAAGCAGCACCAGUCACCGUGGCAGCUGGUACAAUGCCAGUACCCCAUCCUCAGGAUGACAUGAACACGAAGUUCGCUUGGAAAGUCCACAGGUCCACUUGGGGCCUCACGGUGUGAUGAUAACCCUGAAGUUUGCUGAUCUUUUGAAGUCUGGGCUGAACGAGUACAAAUAUAGAUCAGCUGCUGAAGUCUUGUUUGGGUGUUGCAAAGGAAGUAGCUAGCUUGAUUGGCCAGGCUGAUAGAUUUUCAGCUAUGCAUCGAUUCAAAGCCACUUUUUGAGCU